CUCAUCCUUAAAGGCCUCGUCUUCGCCACCAUCAUACUCGGAGCCGUAUUCGGGAACGCCCUCGUCAUCAUAUCCGUUCACAGACACAGGAAACUUCGGGUCCUCACCAACUACUAUGUCGUCAGCCUGGCCGUCGCCGAUAUGCUUGUGGCUCUAUGCGCGAUGACGUUCAACGCCAGUUCAGAAUUGACCGACGAAUGGCUCUUCGGUCCAGUGGUGUGCGAUGUAUAUAAUUCUUUAGAUGUCUACUUCUCCAGCGCUUCCAUUCUCCAUCUAUGCUGCAUAUCCGUAGACAGAUACUACGCUAUUGUCAGGCCUUUAGAAUACCCAGUGACUAUGACGCCCAGAACGGUAUGCUUCAUGCUGGCGAAUGUCUGGCUAUGGCCGGCCUUCAUCAGCUUCGUGCCGAUAUUCAUGGGAUGGUAUGCCACGGAACAACACCGGCAAUACAGAAGAGCCAACCCGGAUGUGUGUAUAUUUAAAGUGAAUAUGGUUUAUGCGAUAGUUUCUUCGAGUGUUUCGUUCUGGAUACCAAGUUUGGUCAUGAUAUCGAUGUACUGCAGGAUAUUUAGAGAAGCGAUAAGGCAACGGGAAGCGUUGACGCGUACAUCAUCGAAUAUACUACUGAAUUCUGUUCAUAUAAAACAUACUUCGCAUUCCGCACACCAUUCGCAUUACCUGCACCCUGAUAGAAGACCAUCAGACAUUAGUCCAAACUACAGCACAUUUACGGAGGUAGGACCCGAGGAGACUGAGUUUGGUGGAGAAGUUGUGAUGUCGCUUGGUGAUAUUUGCCCCAGCAAGGAAGCCAGUCCAAGGAAAUCCGUGAACAUUAGUUGUGAUACAGCAAGCUCUGGAUACUGUUCUGGUGGAUCGAAUAAGCGGUCUUCUAGUGGGCAACCGCCUGCUGGUUGGAGGCCGAGCUGUUCUUCUGCCGUAGCUACCAGAGAUUUGGCGAAGGCAGCCACUGAAUUGAAUGCACAAGGUGCGUCCCUCCGCGCGGCUGGCAAAUCCUGGCGGGCGGAACAUAAAGCGGCGCGUACACUGGGCAUCAUAGUCGGCGCGUUUUUAUUGUGCUGGCUACCAUUUUUUAUGUGGUACGUUACAACGAACGUUUGCGGAGAGCCAUGCGAAACACCAAACAUUGUUGUUGGUGUGCUAUUCUGGAUCGGCUAUUUAAACUCAGCCCUGAAUCCGCUCAUUUACGCGUAUUUUAAUCGCGACUUCCGAGACGCAUUCAAAAACACGCUCAUGUGUGUGCUGCCUUGUUGUUUCAGCUGUUGGAAAGACACGGGUACGGCGCAGUUUGUAUAA